UUGCCCUCUCCCAUAAUCACACUCCAAACACACAUAACUAACUAGCUACUCACUCUCUCUAAUCUCAAUGGCUCACAUGGCAAGUGUUGUGCCGUUUCUACUUCUAACCACCAUUUGCCUUUGCAACCUCCUAAACUGUCCUCUCCCAGCAAGUGCAAUCUCCAACUGUAACGGCCCGUGCACAACCCUUGAUGACUGCAGCGGCCAACUCAUUUGCAUCAACGGCAAGUGCAAUGACGACCCCGACGUCGGAACCCACACCUGCGGCGGCAGUGGCCCUCCACCACCACCACCACCAUCACCAAGCGGCGACACGUGCAAGUCCUCCGGCAACCUGAACUGCAAGGGGAAAUCAUACCCUCAAUUCAGGUGCUCUCCGCCAGUCUUGUCAUCCACGCAAGCCUUACUCACGUUGAACGAUUUCAGCGAAGGCGGCGACGGAGGAGCAGCGUCCGAGUGCGACGAGAAGUUCCACGACAGCUCGGAGCGAGUGGUGGCGUUGUCCACAGGGUGGUACAACAGAGGGUCGAGGUGCGGAAAGAAGAUUAGGAUCACCGCCAGGAACGGGAGGAGCACGACGGCGAAAGUGGUGGACGAGUGUGACUCCGUGAAUGGGUGUGAUGAGGAGCACGCCGGUCAACCACCUUGCCGCAAGAACAUCGUGGAUGGAUCCCAAGCGGUGUGGGAUGCACUGGGGUUAGAUGGAGACGUGGGAGAAGAGCAAGUUACUUGGUCCAUGUCGUCUGGACUAUCGGGUACACAAGAAGGAGAAGCUUUCAUUGCAUAAGUAAAAGCUAGUUAAAGCUUGAUGGGCGUUGUAAUUUGUUUGCUUUCUUCAAUAAUUUCCCUUUUUAAUUUGUUUGUCUAGUCUAGUAGUAGUACUUAACACAUACAUAGAGGUUAAUUCAUCCCUCUAUGUAAGGGAUAAAUUUGUAUCAACUGAAUCCAGACAGCAGUUUUGCGCUCAAUUCGGUUCAGCCACACUUUUACUAGUUUAUUGCUUUUUAUGUAACCACGAGUUUGUAAUUGGUUAACUUAUUUAAUGGGAAUGGUGCAAAUUAUUUAAGGAA